UGGGUUUGAAGCAUAAGAGUCUUAGGUUUAAAAGGGCCGCAACGAAAUCAACAAGUCCAACAAUUCAAAGAUCGUGGCAUACUAGAGGUGCAGGGUAGACCUAGUCCGGAUCUACUUGCGGCGAACGUAUUCGAUGUCUUAUGGAGUAAAAUUGAUAUGUCGACAAAUGAUGUUAUCAAGAAAUCGUCGGAGUCAACUUUAGGACGAAAUCUUCAACAUACGUAUUGCUUUCGGUUAAAUGAGCAGCAGCCCAGACAAGUCACAGACUCGAACACACCAAUACCGAAUAAUCAAGUUCUUAGCAUAUCUGACGCAUAUGGGAGUGACGAUACCCCCGAGUCUGUAACGGCCAGCGGUAUAUCGCCAGCGAUUACCACAGCCAGGCUAUUUGAAGUUCCCAAUCAGUCCUACGGGCACAUCGCAAAUCAGCUUUCGAAUGGAUUCAGUUCACACAAUGGACAAUCCUUAAAUGAUAUAGAAAACAUUGUCAAUGUCUACGACAUGAUUCAGCCAAUUUUGCCCGUCCAAGCCUUCCAUUCUUUCAGCGAGCAGGACCGCGGAAGUAUGGGAAACAUGGUGAACGUGCAUGAUAUGCUGCAACCAAUCGUUCCGACGCAAGACUACGGCUCUAUCCGUGGCGAUGUUCACCACGAACCAUUCCUCCAACUCUCAUAUGGUAGAUCUAUUAUUCUGACUCAAAACUUCACUUAUUAUAUUCGUCCUUCGAGAACUUCACCUCUCCAUCAUGAUACCAAUUACCGGAGGUGAUGCGAUCUCCGUCUUUAGUAAAAAUUUGCCCAGAGACACGAAGCUUAGGGUCUUUCAGCGAUGGAUGUUCUCGGCCACUACCGGCGAGGAAGACUCAGCUGAGGCUUUGUAGGAAGGAAAGAAGAUUUUUAUAUGCGACUUCGAUUUUCUCGGCUUUACUCUUGAGUUUUGGAUUGUCUUCAACUGAUUUCAUGAUUA